CCAGGCCACAGCAAACAGGAGUGAAGGAACCAUUUGCCAUGGAAAUCAGGGAGCUCGAGAGCCCCACGCCCACCUACCACCUCAUUCCCGAGGCCAACCAGACCCAGAAGGAAGGCGUCAAGAUGGCAUCUGAAGGCAUGUCCAAAGGCACCUCCGAAACCAUGCAGCUGAAGAAGGAGAUCUCGCUGCUGAGUGGCAUCAGCCUGGUGGUGGGCAACAUGAUUGGCUCAGGGAUCUUCGUCUCCCCCAAGGGGGUGCUGGUGUACACUACCUCCUACGGCUUGUCCCUGAUCGUCUGGGUGAUUGGCGGGCUUUUCUCUGUUGUGGGUGCCCUUUGCUAUGCUGAGCUGGGGACCACCAUCACCAAGUCUGGAGCCAGCUACGCUUACAUUCUCGAGGCCUUUGGCGGCUUCAUUGCCUUCAUCCGACUGUGGGCCUCACUGCUCAUCAUCGAGCCCACCAGCCAGGCUGUUAUCGCCAUCACCUUUGCCAACUACAUCGUCCAGCCCAUGUUCCCCACCUGUGACCCUCCAUACCUGGCCUGUCGGCUCCUGGCUGCCGCUUGCAUAUGUCUGCUGACAUUUGUGAACUGUGCCUACGUCAAGUGGGGCACGCGGGUUCAAGACGCGUUCACUUAUGCCAAGGUGCUAGCGCUCAUUGCCAUCAUUGUCAUGGGCCUUGUUAAACUGUGCCAGGGAAAAUCUGAGCACUUUCAGGACGCCUUUGAAGGUUCCUCCUGGAGUUUAGGAAACCUUUCCCUCGCCCUCUACUCUGCCCUGUUCUCUUACUCAGGUUGGGACACCCUUAAUUUUGUAACAGAAGAAAUCAAAAACCCAGAAAGAAACCUGCCCCUGGCCAUUGGGAUUUCCAUGCCCAUCGUGAUGCUCAUCUACAUCCUGACCAACGUGGCCUACUACACAGUGCUGAACAUGUCAGAAGUCCUAGGCAGUGACGCGGUGGCUGUGACUUUUGCAGACAGGACAUUUGGCAUGUUCAGCUGGACCAUCCCUAUCGCCGUGGCUCUGUCCUGCUUUGGGGGCCUCAACGCGUCUAUCUUUGCUUCAUCAAGGUUGUUCUUCGUGGGCUCCCGUGAAGGCCACCUCCCAGACCUUCUGUCCAUGAUCAAUAUCGAGCGCUUCACGCCUAUUCCCGCUUUACUGUUCAAUUGCACCAUGGCGCUCCUCUACCUCACUGUGGAAGAUGUUUUCUUGCUCAUCAACUACUUCAGCUUCAGCUACUGGUUCUUCGUGGGCCUGUCUGUCUUUGGGCAGCUCUACCUCCGCUGGAAGCAGCCGGAGCGGCCGCGGCCUCUGAAGCUCAGCCUGUUUUUCCCCAUCGUGUUCUGCAUAUGCUCCGUGUUUCUGGUGACGGUGCCGCUCUUCAGUGACACCAUCAAUUCUUUCAUCGGCAUCGGGAUCGCCCUUUCCGGGAUCCCUUGCUUCUUCUUGGGUGUUUACCUGCCAGAGUCCCGGAGGCCACUCUUAGUUCGGAAUAUCUUGGGGAGUGUCACCAGAGUCACGCAGAAGCUUUGUUUUUGUGUCCUGACAGACCUAGAUAAAGAUGAAGAGGAAAAGAUGAUAAUUGAGAGGAAAACUGACUAGCUGCCAGAGGUGAUACCCCCGAGGCCUGGCAGGCUGGCUGAUGUGGCUUCCGCCACCAGGAUCCAGUGACAAGAUCAUGUGGGCCUCACCCUCUUGUACUAAAGGAGCCUGUUUGCCUGCAUUAUGUAGUGAGGCUCGGGGCCGAU